AUGAUCAUUAAAUCGAGUGUUCAGGAUCUAGAGAAAGAGAUUUCAGAUCUCGAGUAUCUACUACGGAAUGCCAAAGCCCGCCUAGCGUUGGUUUCCGGCCAGGAAGCUAGCAGAGAUUCACACUUACCUCUCCCCCAGGAUGCUAUACCAAUAGUCUCCAGUCAUGCGCUGUUUUUAUUAUCGGACUCUGCCCUUCCGCUGGGCUCAUUUGCCUACUCUAGCGGCCUCGAGUCUUAUCUAGCGCAUAACAAGCCCCUUCCUCCACGGGUCACACCCGUCGCCUCCUUCCAUCACUUCUUGAAAUUGUCGAUCACGUCAAUGGCAAGUACGUCUAUACCAUAUGUCCUCGCUGGAUACCGACAGCCAGGCAAUCUAGAAACCUUAGAUAACGAUAUUGAUGCAUCCACCCCCUGCGUGGUGGCGCAGCGAGCGAGCAUUGCCCAAGGGAGAGCUUUGAUAGGUGUCUGGGAACGAGCGUUCCGCGGAACGUAUGCUUCGGGCCCCUUUUUAGCAGGAGUUGCUGCUGCAGAGGCGGUAAAGGCUAUAGAAGCCUUUUCAGAUGCCCUCAAGUCAUGUGUCGUUGAUACGCCGGAUGCCUUGGGUCCCAAGGGCCACUUUGCGCCUUUAUGGGGUACCAUUUGUCUGGCUAUGGGAAUGGAUGCCCACCAGACUGCGUACGUGUUCAUGUUGAAUCAUGCUAAGGCUGUCCUGAGUGCUGCGGUGCGGGCCUCCGUGAUGGGCCCUUAUCAAGCCCAGGCGGUUCUGGCUAGCAAAGGCUUGCAAGAUAUGAUCACAAAACGGAUAGACCGAGAGUGGGAUACGCCUGUAGAAGAGGCAGGUCAAGUUGUACCUCCGUUAGAUCUCUGGGUGGGACGGCAUGAACUCUUAUACAGCAGAAUAUUCAAUUCAUAAUGGAUACAAUUCUAUACCAGUGUGCUGAUCGUCUUAGAAAUGUCAUUAUUGACAUGACUCCGUUCCGCUGCCUUCUUCAUCGCAUUUGCUCAUCCAUGACUUCCAAACUAAUCCUACAUCGCAUGUCUGCUAUCCCACCCAGAUGCCGCUUGGAACACUGAAGUGGGUAUCCAAAAGAAGCCUCUUGCCGGAAGGGAUCCAGGAAAAAGAAAAUGAGAAACGAAAUGAACAAAAAAACCCCGAAGACCAGAGAUCCGCCAUGGACUGGCCAAUAUGCAAAGAGAAAAGCACAAGUUGAACGCCGGCCCCUCUUUGAAACCUAUCCUGCUAAACCGCAGAGCAAAACACCGCACCGUAACCUUUUCCAUGAUUCGGGGGGAGCAAUAAUGGAUUUGAGAAAGGGAGGACGGAAAGGGGAGGAAAACAAGAAAUGAAAAAACAGAAAAUAAAAAAAAUGAAAUAAUAAAAGAAAUAACUGGAAAGGGGGAAUUGAGAGAAUAGAAAGGGCGA